CCCAAAACCAAACAUGGCAGCCACAGCUCCAGACAGCUAACAGAACUAACACAAUGUGGUCGUUUUAACGCUUUAUUUCACUAAUUAAAUCUUUUGCAAUGCAAAUGCAUUUCCGAUUACAUUAAAUCACCUGUAAUAUGCGUAGCAUUUAUGAAUCCCCGCCGGAGUUUUCGAUAGGCCGUGUGUUAUUGUUAUUGCCGUGUUAGCCGUGAGCGAUGGACGCGCUGAGCGCCCUGGAGGAUGAAGUGGCUCUGGAGGGUUUGGACGGGAUCACGCUGCCGUCUCUGUGGCUGCGCCUGGAGGACAGAAAGCCCAAGUUCCCGCAGAAGAUCGACCACUUCACCAAGGCGUUCCUCUGGAUUUCCCUGGUCCACAACCCCGACAUCAGCUUCUACGAGCAGCCGCAGGAAAGGGACGAUGUGGAGCUCUACGACAGGUUCCAGAGCGUUGACCCGGACACAGGCAUAGAGUUCAAAGGUCACUCGUUUGAGAACAGGAAAGAUGUGUACCCUGCACACUUCAUCAUGGAAAACCCAGAUGGGAUCCAGGGCUCCUGUGUGUUCUUUACCCAGAGGAAAGAUGUCACCAGGCAGAUUCGCUCAGCCUCCUUCUCCCCUCUGCUCAGCCUGGAGCAGGCCUGGGACAGGUUCGGCAGGAGGCUGGUGGUGGUGGCCUCUCAGAAGGUGCGUUUCCGGGCUCUGAUUGGGACAGAGAGCGACCCGGAGCUGAAGCUGUCUGAUGAGUCGUACUGUGUGCUGGAGCGGGUGGGACGCUCCCGCUGGCAGGGGGAGCUGCAGAGAGACCUCAGUAACGGACCCUUCAAGAUCGAGGCACGUAAGAUCCACUACCUGAGGAAGUCCCUGGUGCAUCACAGCCUGGUGACAGUGCAGUCCCACGUGUGCCGUCUGAGCACAGGCACUCAGCAGCACUCCUGUCUGCUGCUGCUGCGCCGUUUCCACGUCAACAGGAGGAGUAAAUAUGACAUCCUGAUGGAGCGAGUGUCCAACAUCCUGGAAGCGUCUCCUGGGCAGCAUUGCACUCAGAUGGCCCUCCGUGAGCACCUGAAUGUGGACGAGCGCAGUUUUAAGAGGAUCUUCCAGUACAUGAAGGCCUCCAAACUGGUGGAGAUGUUCACCAUGCCCCUGCAGGACCUGGACCCAGAGUCUGGACCCUGCCUCAACAAGAGAGGGAACAAGGUGCAGGUGCGCUGCAUUAAGCUGCUGAAGCCAUUCUCUAAGAAGAAGGUUCCAGAUGAGGAUGAGGAGGAGGAAGACGAGGGGGCACAUGUGCGUCCUGAGGGGCUCAUCAUGGAGCGAGAUGUGCUGUCCCAGGCCUACAACAUGGUGGUGCUGAGUGGGACCAAGGGCCUGACCUGUGUGGGUCUCGGGGCCAAAAUGAACGUGGGCAAAUUGGAGAGGAGGAUGAUCUGCAGACAGCUCGAGAGGGAGGGAGUCAUCAAGGGCUUCAUGGAGGACAUGGGUCGACAGAGGACCACCAAGUAUCUAAGCCACAAGUGUGUGGAAGUCAGCGAUAAACUGCAUCAGUUUGUCAAAGAACAUGAACGCAGCCAGCUCCUGUGCUCCAGCAGUGCCCCGGACUCCCCCAAGCCCCUCUCCACCACCAAGACUCUGUCCAACAUCGACAUGUGCCGGACGCCCGCGCUCAGCAAGAACAAGGUGCGCUCCCGCACUGGCACCAAGAGUAAGGGCCCCAGAGAGGAGGAGAGGCCCCCAGACACCACAGUGGAGCAGGGGGAGGAGCCAGUGGCCUGUGAAGAUCCUGCUCCAGAAUCCUUGACGGCAGCAAAGGAGGACCUCCCCUCAACUUCUCCUCAGGCUGAAGGAGCCAAAGACACUGCUCAUGUGACUGUAGUAACAGACGUGCAGCCUCCUCUGCCCCCCUCCAGGAACCACGAGACUUGUCGUCUUCUCAGGAGGAAGAACCUCAUUGUGGAGGCCAUUCAGGAUCUCAAGAUCUUUGAAGGACUUUACCCGCUGCAGAGGAUCAUCAAUGCUGAGGAGAAGCGCCUGGGGUUCAGCACCAAAUGCUGUAAGAAGACUAUUCUCCGCCUGGUCCAAACUCUGGCCCGAGAAGGUCUGGUCAAACUCUACACCACCACAGUCAUCCAGGACGGGCUCACCAGGAAGGUGGACCUGUACGCUCAUCCUUCCAUCCAGUCCUCAGAUGAGAUAGUCCAGAGAACCAUAGACCAGGUCCGAUUCAAGAUGUCCAGCUCGUACUCAAACGUACGGUUGUCGGAGGAGGAGAAGAACAGUGGAGAGUCCAAAGACACGGAUAGAGCAGUGAGAGCUCAUUCUAAAUCUCAGAAGCACAAGAAGGGCAAACUACCCUCCAAACACAAGAAGGACACGUUCGUCCCCACCACAGUCCGAGGGCUCAGUAAGUCGCUCGGGUACCAGCCCAAGAUGCACCGGAUGCGCGUGGUUCAUAACUUUCUGUGGUACAUGGUCUACGGACACCCACUGAGACACAACCCUGAGACACAGACCUUUGAGAAGUCCAAGCCCAACCACCCCUCUGACCCUGAGAAGGGACCCAAGGGUGCGGAGGAGGGGGCCUGGUGUGUAAAAGAAGGGCCCCAAGAUGCUGAGAAUGGGUCCCAGGGUGUUGAAGAGGGUCUGCAGAGUGGGAAGGAGGGAGUCAAAGGGGCUGAGGAGGGGCCCCAGGGUGAAGAAGGACCCCGGGGUGCAGAGGAAGGUCCUCAGGGUGCAGGAGGAGCAGAGCCAGAAGAGGACAUCUGCUCCAGGUCUGAACAUAUGUCAGUAUCGGGAGAUGAAGAGGAAGACCCACACCCACAAAUCAAAGUGUACUUGGAGGAGGAGGAGCCGUGGAAGAAGUACAUCCCUCCAGUGAAGUUACAUAAGGACUACAGCAGCGGCUGGGUCAUGCUGGGAGACCUGAUUCUCUGUCUGCCUCUGUCCAUCUUCAUCCAGGUCAUCCAAGUCAACUACAAGGUGGAUGGUCUGGAGGACUACCUGAACGACCUGGAGAAGCAGCACUACCUGGUCAGAUGUUUACCAGCCCGGAUGAAGAGACAACUGCUGUACAAACGGAGGUACAUCUUCUCCUUCUACGAGAACCUGGUGAAGCUGGCCUACAUGGGCCUCAUACAGUUUGGGCCUCUGGAGAAGUUCAGAGACAAGGACCAGGUGUUUAUCUAUGUGAAGCGCCACGCCACCAUCGUGGACACCACCAGAUCAGAGCCUCAUUACUGGCUGGUGACAGAGCCUCCAGAGCGGCCGUUUGAGAGGAGACGCUACACCUUUAACACUGCAGAGGACAUCGAGAGCUUCUGGUUCGACCUGAUGUGUGUCUGCCUCAACACUCCUCUGGGUGUGAUCCGCAGUAAGAGGAACGGGGGUGAGACUGACCCCUCCUUUGUCAGGGACCGCUCUGUGUUUGUGGGAAUGUCCUACCUCAUCAAAGGCAGCUUGGAGGUGGUGGAUGAUGGUUCUAUUCCCGGUGAUGGGAAAGGAGCAGGAGGCCUCUCCUCUGAGUUCUUUGCUCAUCUCAAGAGGAACUGGCUGUGGACCAACCACCUGCUCUCAGUCAAACCUAGACACACUGGUCUGGAGUGCACGGACACAAAGGUGCGACUGAAAAGCCUCUGUAGGAACUCUCUGCAGAUGGUUCUCCAAGCAGAAGGGUCUGCCAUGCCCAGCUAUCUGACCCCUAAGAAGAAGCUGAUCACUGAGGAGGACGUCCAGGUGGUGGAGGAACCAGCUUGUAGGAAGAAGCAGGGGAUGGGAGGAAAGCAGCAGAAGAGGAAGAGACAAAAGAAGGAGGUGGUGAAGGUCCCACGCAAAAAGAAGGAGGCAAAGAAGCGCAGCUCAGCCCAUGAUGAGCGCGACCACGAGGCUCUGAAGCACAUGACUCGGCAGAGAGUCUACUGGUCCCUACAGGAGGACUCACUCAUGAUGCUGUGUGCUGUGGCCGCUAACCUGCUCAACAGCAAGCUCAAGAGGCCCUUCGUCCCGUACUGUGUGGUGAGAGACGUUCUGCACAAAGAGUUUGAGAAGUCUCGAGAUAAGACAUCUUUGGCUGUGGGCCGCCGCACACGCUACAUCCUCAAGAACCCCCAAACCAUGCUCAACUACAGGAUCUGUCUGGCGGAGGUGGGCCAGGACAAUGCUCUGCUCAAACUGUUGGAGGAAAACCUGCCCAAAGACCCAGACAGCCCUGAGGAGUGUGCACAGUCCUUCUCAGAGUAUGUGCGUCUGCUCAGACAAAAGUUCAGCUCCACUGUAGACCUGAAUGAGCUUUACAUCCCCGACAGCAAGGAGGAGCUCUUCUCUCAGUUCAAAAUUUGUGCCAUCGAUAAUGUGCGGAGACUCUGUGACACGGACACUCUGAGACGGACGGAGGACAUCCACGCCAUCGUCCUGCACAACCUGAUCCAGAGCACAUUGGCCAUGACCAACUCUCAGAUGAAGAGCUCCCGGUCCUUCCAGAUCUUUCAUGUGUACAGCAGCUACAGUCAGGAGCUGCUGUGUCAGGUCUUCGUCCAGUGCAGGAGGAGAGGCCUGGUGAACCGCCGCAGGAUGAACCAGAGCCUCGGACCCAAGAAGAACCGAGCCCUGCCCAUCCUCCCCAUGUCCUACCAGCUCUCCCACUCCUACUACAGGUGCUUUUCAUGGCGCUUUCCUCAAGUCUUGUGCACCGACUCUUUUCACUUCAUGCGGGGCUUAUUCAAACUGCCCAGAGGAGACCACCGACCCAUUACCUACUUCCACCAGGAAACUGAGAACAGAGCCCCUGAUGGAGAGCUGCUGGAGCUCAGGACCACUUCCAAGGACAGGAAGGACAAAGCUCCCUCUGAUAACAGUACUGUGUGUGAGCCAGAGGAGAUGGAUGAGCCGUUAGGACCGGACCCUCCUGAUGUGAGUGACAUGCUGCAGUUCUCCCUGGACCAUCCGGGGGGCGCCUGUGCAGCAGCUCUCAGCCUCAUCUCCCUGGGGCUGCUGUCCAUCUACCUGUCCAUCCCCAAGCAGAUGGUGGUGGUGGACAGUACGCUGGUCGACUCAGAUACAGUCAAAAGCACCCUGGAUGAAGAGGAGGAGGAUGAGGAGGAGGCAGAGGAGACCAAGAAGAUGGAGGUGAAGGCUCACCAGGCAUCCCACACCAAGUACCUGAUGAUGAAGGGCUACUGUGCUCCAGGGAUAGUGAAGCUGCGUAACCUGAGCACCAACGACAACAUCGUGGUGGAGUCAUGUUUGAUGAGGCUCCAGUUGAGAGACAGGCCUGCCCACAACAUCUUCAGCCUGGACUCUGAGCCUCCUCUGGACCUGUCCUUACGAGGUCCGUCCCUGCUGCCCCCCGGCCUGUCCCACUCCCUCUCCUGCCCCCCCCUCAGUGCAGACCAAUGCCUGGCUCUGCUGCAGGAGCACAGGGGCUACAGCACAAAGGACCUCCAGGCGUGCGCUCUGCUCUGGGACACUCUGGAGCAGGCCGGGGAGAGGGGCCUGGAGGUGGAGGAGUUCAGCGAGAGGCACAGAGAUCUGGAGGUGGCGCGGCCCCCGCGCACCAGGACCCUGCAGCACUACAUGCAGGACCUCCAGCAGGAGGGCCAGUUGCUGCUGGUGGGGGCCUAUGGAGCUCGCUGGGUGCUCCGUCAGCACGCGCAGCCCUGGCUCAUCACCCCCAACAUGGGCCAGUGGAGUCGCACGCCCCCCGAAGACCUGAGCUUCUCCGACACCAAGCACGACAUCCCCUUCAUGAGGAAGAAACGCUCCGCGACCAGGGACAGCACGGAGGAGACCGCAGCCAAGAGACCAGCCCUGGACACCUGCAAGGACGGAGGAGAGGGGACAAGUGAAGGAGCGGGGAGACCAGAGAAGCAGCUGAAGGGAGCAGAGGAGGAGACGAGUCAUGUAGAGAAGGUGAGCACAGCUCCAGAGGAGCAGCUGGAGCUGGUGGAAGCAGAGGAGGGGAGAAACCCGCAACCUGAAGAAACAGAGGGACAGGAGAUGAAUGCAGAGCCACAGGAGGAGAGAGAGAAGACAGGAGCAGAAGAGGACAAAGAGGAGACUGGAUCAGAGGAGGGCAGUGAGAAGAGAGAUGACAGAGCAGGGAGGUCACGUGUGCCCAGCCGCUGUACCAGUCCAUGCUGCGCUCCCGAAGACAGUCCCGGGGAGAGCGUGAGCUUCGUGGCCCGUCCCUGGAGGUUGGUGGACGGGAAGCUGAACCGGCUGGUGUGUAAGGGGAUGCUGGAGGCCCUGCUCUACCACAUCAUGUCUGUGCCCGGGGUCACUCUGGAGGCCCUGCUCCUGCACUACAGAGCCGUGCUGCAGCCGCUGGCCACCCUGGAGCUGCUGCAGGCCCUCGUCGACCUGGGCUGCGUCAAGAGGAAGACUCUGGUGAAACGCCCCAAAGCCUCUCUGUUCUCACGCCCUGGCCCCCCUCCUAAGACCGAGACCGGGCUCUCCUCGUCGUCCCGCGGGUCCGGAGGGGAGCGGCCCGACGAGGUGUACUACGAGCCCACCGUCAGCUGCGUGCUGCGCCUUAGCCGGGUGCUGCCUCACGAGCGCCACUGGAACUCCUACACCCCCUGACAGCACCUGGCGGACCCUGACGGACUGUGCUUCUGUCACGGUGUUGUUCGUAGUUCGACUGACCAUAGUUCAGAGACAGUGUUGGAAGAUGACUUUACGACAAGUUGGAAAGACAGAAGCAAUAAUCCUAAAAUGCCCUUGAGAUCAUUUUAAAGUUUCAUUACGUAACUUUUCUUGUGGGGGUCUGAUAGCAGCUUGUUUCCAUGGAGAUGUUAUUGCUCUAUGACAUAAAGGGCUCAUAUUACACUGUUUUCUGUUCUGUCCUUAUCACAAACACACCUGGAGUUGUGUUUUGCUUUGUUUCAUUCACACAUUUAACACACAAACCUGCAGAUUUAGGUUGAGAUUUCUCUCAAAAAACACUCUGUUCCACCUUGUGAUGUCGUGGUGAUACAGGAGGCACUUCACUGUGUUUUUAAACUCCAUACACCUUCACUAGAAUCACUUGGAUGAUUUUAGACCUGAAAUUCCCUGAUCUCUUCUGAACUAAAAGGAGCCGUUCACUUGAAAAUUACCGCUUCAUGACAUCACAGGGUGGAACAGAUCAUUUUGAGCUUUGGAGAUGUAGACAGACUAAUAAUGUGUUACUCAAAUAUGUCUGAAUGAAACAAAAGACAACUCCAGGUCUGUUUCUGCGGAGGGAACAUUUUAACACGUCAUAAAGAUUGUAUGGAGGAUUUUUAUUUUUUAUUUUCAAAUUGUCAAUGAAAGUUUAAAAUACCAAGACAGAGACGCAGCAGCUUUGUAAUUAUGAUGACCAAAAAAAUAAUAAUAAUAAAAUAAUGAAAAUCUAUCAACUGUGGACGUAGUGAGGCCAGAUAAACAUCAGCCAAUAGAAAACGAGGCUCCCUCUUUAUCUAUUGGCUGUUGGGUUGUCAAUCAAACUCCCUAAGUUUCUAGUGUAAGUGACUCGUCGGUGCGCGGGGAUUACGUGGUUUAUGCAGCGGUUCUUAGAGGCUUUUUCAAACUGUAGCUUCCUCGCAAUUCGCACAAAGUUUGUUGAAUCCACGACCAGUUCGCCGCAAAAGAAAGUCUGUAUUUGAGGUCGCUGAAAGAAGAAGAAGAGAAGAAGAAAAGGAGCGAAGACAAACUGAGGUGAUUCUUGGAGAUCCCUUCUAGCGAUUGCGUGAAUGAAGCAGACGAAGAGUCUAAAAACUGAUGCAUCGGUCGCUAAAUUAUUUCUAGACAGGUCACUUCAACAGUAAUUCUGAACAUGCACUGGUUGUAAACAAACUUGAUUUCUGGAGUAAAGAGGCGGGAGGAGAUGUUGUUUCUAUUUGUGGAGCUGUGGAGGAGGAAGGUGGUGUCACGCAUGCACAACAUUUAUUAAAAAAAAUCCUCUAUACAACCUUUAAAGCUCACAAGAGUCUGUUUAGUGUAAUAUAGGACCUGUAAACAUCUGCUGGUCUUAUUGUUUAAACUUUUCUUACCAAGUUACAGGUCAGAUCUGUGGAGAAGCAAGCCUGCUCACAGUACAGAACACAUAUUGUUGUUGUUGUUUUUUUUUUAAACAAUAAAAACAUCAAAUCUUCAUGGCGACAAGCAGGCAGCAGACCUCUACACCAGAAAAGCUGUUUUUUUAGUUCCGCUGAAAUGCACACAACAUUUAUAUUGAUGUUUGGACCACCUGCAUUAAGGCUGUGAUAGAGAAACAGACUAAACACAACACACAAACUACACUGAAGACUACGGAAGUCAUUAGGGUCCACACCUCCAAAACAUUGUCCUCUGUGUUUCCAUAACAAGCUGGACGCCCGCCCCCCACACAUACAGCUCGACUUAAUAGUUGUUAUUGACUGCGUCCAAACGAGCCGGGGAAGUACAAGAUUUCAUUUGACCACGGCCUACUCAGUUUUUCUUUUUAGGGGAUUUUUUUUUAAAUGACUAGAGAAGAAGGAAGUGUUUUGUUUUUGUGUAAAUAAAUAAAAUAUAUUUAAGUUUUUUAUUUGUUUAUAGUA